GUUAAAAUAACAGUGAAGUGUAGUCCGUGUGUUCUGCUCGGUAUUCUGCCGCUGUGCCGUAGAAAUGCAUUAAGCGCAUCUAAUUGGCUGUUUCCCUCGGUGGGCGGGGCUCGACGUCCGCGCAGCGCUGCCCUCUGUUUAGCUCCGGAUUACCGUUACCUCUCCACUCGUACGGACACAUCUGAACUUCAUGGACUAGCCAAAGGUCUGGUGGUGGACUGUAGCGGACUGGCUGAACACGGGGACCAUGGCUGCCAAAGAGGACCUCUACACUAAAGUCCUCCCUCGGAGGCUCCGGCAGAUCCGCCUGGGCUCGGUGAAAGGUGGCUCCAACCUGGACGUGUUGUUAUCCAUGGGCUUCCCCAGACCAAGGGCACUGAAAGCUCUGGUAUCAACAGGAGGCCGGAGUGUUCAAGCAGCAUGUGACUGGCUGUUUUCACAUGUGGAUGACCCAUUCCUGGAUGACCCUCUCCCUAGAGAGUUUGUCCUCUACCUGCGUCCCAGUGGACCACUACAGAACCAGCUCUCCCACUUCUGGCAGCAGAGUCGAGCCACUUGUGGCAAAAACAAAGCCCACAACAUUUUCCCCCAUAUUACUCUCUGCCAGUUCUUCAUGUGUGCUGACCACAAAGUAGAGGCUCUAUGUGAGGCCCUCCAGGCCACCGUACAACAGUGGCGGGGUCGAUUUCCCAGCCCGCUGCCAUUGGAGCUCUACACAUCUUCCAACUUCAUUGGUCUUUUUGUGGGCGAGCAGACAGCCGACAUCCUUAGACAGUUUGCAGCCGACUUUGCUACUGAGGCUGCCAGCAAGGCAGAGGUCCAUGUGGAGCCUCACAAGAAGCAACUCCAUGUAACUCUGGCCUACAACUUCCCCACUGAUCACCUCCCAUCACUGGAGAAACUGGCCAAGGGCAUCGAAGUCAAGCUGGGCUGUGAUUGGCUGGCUGUCUUGUUCUCCCGGGACAUUCGUUUUGCUAACCACGAGACGCUGAGAGUGAUGUACCCCUACAUGCCUCAGAAUGAGGAUGAGCUGGAACUGGUUCCUGGAGAUUUUGUCUUCACGUCUCCAGUGGACCAGACUAGUACCAGCGAGGGCUGGGUGUAUGGAACCUCGCUGGCCACUGGGCUGUCUGGCCUGCUGCCUGAGAACUACGUUAGCAUGGCUGAUGAGUCUGACGCCUGGAUCUUCCAUGGCUCCCAUUCUUUCUUCAGCUGUGGGCCCAGUGACAAGACCAGCAAAGAAAGAGGGAUGUCUGAUGGACUGCUGGACACUCGACGCCCUGACAACACCUUUCCUGGAGACACGCCCACCCUCGGUCUGAUUUGUCAUCCAGUGCAGCAGGUCCUGCGGCUCGGUGGUAGUCACUCUCGGCAGCCCAAGCGCACACUUUUUGUCUGCCGGCACGGUGAGAGGAUGGAUGUGGUCUUUGGCAAACACUGGCUCUCCCUCUGCUCAGACAGUAAAGGUAGAUAUGUGCGUGCCAAUCUGAACAUGCCUACCAGUUUGCCACUGUGGGGAGGACAAAGAGACUAUGACAUGGAUGCCCCUAUCACUGUGUUUGGAUCCAUACAGGCUCGACUAGUGGGUGAGGCUCUAUUAGAGAGUAACACAGUGAUUGACUCUGUGUACUGUUCUCCCUCUCUGCGAUGUGUUCAGACUGCACAGAACAUUCUGAAAGGUCUACAGCAGGAUGGUAAACUGAAGGUGAGAGUGGAACCAGGGCUUUUUGAAUGGACCAAGUGGGUUUCUGGAAACUCUCUGCCUGCAUGGAUACCCCCCGCUGACCUGGCCACAGCCCACUUCAGUGUGGACACAACAUACAGACCUCUGAUCCCAGUCAGCAAGCUGACUGUGUCUGAAUCCUAUGAGAAUUACAUGAGUCGGAGUUUUCAAGUGACCAAAGAUAUCCUGUCAGACUGCAAAAACACUGGAAACAACGUGCUGAUUGUAGCCCACGCUUCCUCCUUAGAGGCCUGCACACGCCAGCUGCAGGGCCGCAGCCCUCAGAGCGCCAAGGACUUCAUCCAAGUAGUCCGAAAGAUCCCCUACCUGGGUUUCUGCUCCUGUGAGGAGCAGGGUGACACAGGAGUGUGGCAGUUAGUGGACCCUCCCAUCCUCCCCCUCACACAUGGACCAAACCACACCUUUGACUGGAGGGAGUUGCUUCUGCAAGAAUGACAUCUGCCUGAUCUGAACAUCUUCCACCUGGUCCUACUAUACUCCCCCAGGCUACAGUAACAAGCUUCAGACAUGUGCCCCUAAAAUACUGGAACUUCUCUCUUUUCAGCCUCAUUACACAGCUACUGGCUUUCAGAUGUCACAGCUGAAGAAGUGUCCCACCUAAAUAUGAGAAACUGAGUCGGAGUCAAAUGACUGGUGAACUGCCUGCAUCCCUCGGUGGCUGGUUUCAACAGUGACUAAGCAAAGGCCAGUCCUCAGAUUUCACUGUACUGCUAUUUUUUUAAGGAUAAGUUAGUUUGAGUGAUAGCUGCACUGUGUAGGAGAGCUAUCACUGGCAAUCAGUUGCAUCAUGCUUCGACACUGUCAGCCCAGUCUCAGGAAGUUUUGUGAAAUUAUCAUUUGCUCUGCUUCUGUGCGUAAUUAGCAAGAAAAAUAUUUUUCUCAACAUGAAUGUAUUGCACAAUGCUUCAUUCACACAGUGUCGUCAGAAUGGGAGAAACAAACAAAACAUUUCUUAUUAUGAGUUGGGAGUGUUUGUGCACUAUUCCUAGGUGGUUAGCUCUACUGCUAAUCUGUAGCCACAUCAAAUAAACUGCCUAAAUUAGCUACUUUUUGUCUGUAGCAGUUUCUUAUCAAGCUAAACCAGAUACAAACAAACAGUUCCUACAAAAUGACUGGAAGUGAUUGUAUUAAUGUUAAAUUUUAUUGUGAUAUAACUGCCAGUGGUGGUGUAUUUGCCACCAUUCUGCCAACCAUUUACUGACAUGUAUGUAGUUGUUUUCACCAAGUGGGAGCUAUAUCAAUGUCAGAAACUUUGGAAUCACAAGUUGGAGGCGGACGUGAACAGUAUUCCCUGCUCGGUUGCUCAUAAAUAUGUAUUAAACAAUAUAACGUACGUGAACACAGCAAGUAAGCAGGACUAAAGUAGACAUGUGACACUGAAGUAAUGCAAAUGAACGCAAAGGUCUGCUUUACUUUCAGCUCCGACUGCUUUUAUUUCUAAACUUGGUGAGACGGGUGCUAUGUUGCAUAGCUGUAAUUUUGUUGUCUAUCAAAUCUGACGCAUUAUUUUGUGGAAUUGGUAGCAAAAACUAGUGUUCAUACUAUACUAUGUAUUUAGGUUUUUUCAUUCCAUUGCUCAAAUUUCUGAGGACACUGUAUAGUGUGUAACAUUUGAAACUCAGACAUGCACUAGAUGGUACAUAGUGAUUUUGGACAUAGCAUUUGGUGUGAUAAGUGUGACUCUCUGACAGUGUCAGUAGGUUGGCUGAUCAGCUAACAUUUUAACAUGCUAAAGUUUGCAUGUUAAAAUGUGUAUUUUGCUAAAAUUAGCAUUACCAUGUAACCAUGAUAGUGUAUGUGUUGGGUUUAUCAUGUGUUAAUUGUAUGCCAUCAUGCAAUCUUGAUAACAUGCUAACAUUAACAUGGCCCAGUUGUACUCUGAGCUUAAUUCCAACACAUCUCACUUGCUAAAUGUUAACAUGAAAAGGAGAUAACAUGCUGUGUUAACAUACUGUAUACCUGUAAACCGCUUUUACUGGGGGCAGUAACACAGUGUUUGCAUAAUAUCUGAUUUGCAUUUGAGUUUGUGCUUAUUACACAACAUUUAAUGAAACUAUUGAGAUUUUGCAAUGAGAGUUUUGUGACAGAUCCCAGCAGCAUUUCCACUUCAUCUAACUAUCCAUGUGAAUAAGCACAUAUAAGCUGUUGCCUGAGUGCAGCUUGGAUCACAGCGCUCCAGACCAUAAUGAACAGAUGGUAGAGAUUGUAUGAAAAAACAUGUCAUCCUUUGUCCUGCUUGCCUGCCUCAGUAGCAGAAGGAAAACAUAUCAGAUCUGGCUUCAGGUCUUCACCAAGGCUUUUCCUGAUGCUACACACGUAAUGCGGCCCCUAAUGAAAGUUUACAGAUGACAAAGGUUUGUGAGAGCUCAAACCAAAUCUCUGGUGCUACUCAAUCUGCAAGUUAACAAUUAAGAUUUGAGUUUGUAAGAGCAGAAUUAGGUUUGAGUGCACAGUAUUGUGCAUAGUUGUUCUCUGAGCUGCUUGUCUGCUCUGUCAGUUUUCUCCAGGACUUUUGGCAGCUUCUGGGCAUAUCAAGCGAGCAUUUGUCAACCAGUUUUGACUGACAAGCUAUAACCACAUACAAGCACAUCUGGAUGUCAGGGUCAUGUCAUUUUUAAGGUUCAAGUCCACAGAAGGAAAAAAAACCCUCCUGCCACAUAGAUCAGUCAUGUUAUACAGUUGCUGUUGGCUAAAGCAUCUCCGUGGUAUUGACUGCAUCUUUUAUUAAAACAACAAGCCAUUGUGUAUGAUUUAGGCUAAUACCAUAUGUUCAUUUUGUGAGCUAAGAAGAAAUGUCGUGACAUUUAUAUGAAGUGAAAUGUUGUUAUAAUGUACAGUUUAUUUAUAACACUGACAGAUUUUAGCCACAUUCUGAAUCUAUGGCUUAGAGACUAAAUUGUUUGCCAACAGAUUGAACAUGAUAUUAGUCAUUUAGUGUCAAUGCAUGAUCUUGAGGAUAAUACAAAAACCAAAGACUGCUCUUUCUGCACUGCCACCAGCUUUUAUUUUGAAAACCAAGGGAAAGGUUUAACAGGAUGACCCUUCACUUCCAGGUCAAAUCGAACAGGUGAACCUCUGCUCUCAGUUUGAGUUUGUGCUCAGGGGAUCCAGGCUAGUAUGUAAUUGUUCUUGUGCACACAGAUCGUCUGUUGCACUCAUGAUUCUGCCCUCCCUCGCACUCAAAUCUGCUCUCAAAUGUCGGCUUGCAGACUGAGUAGCACCGAAAAUGUGUUAAUCUACUUGCAUUGCUCCUCGUGUUUUCUCUAUUUUGGUGCCACAUGUAGCACAUACCAUACAGCUGUGUCUUCUGCCAUUCAUGUAGUGUGUGUAAAGAUUGAAACAGCUGCAACUAUAACAGCACAAUCUGCAAUAUUGACAAUCAUAUAGUAGUAGCGCCUUGAUUCUGCUCCAGCACCAUUUUCACUCAGUUUACUGUAUGUUGUUCAAGGAUUCAGAGUAGCUGUAAAUAAUCAUAUUUUGAAAAAGAAAAGUCUUCCAGUUUUAUUUCUAUUUAUUUGUAAGCCUUUCUUUCAGAUGUUAAAAGCAAAGAUACUGAAAAAUAGGAUUAUCACUUUUGACUGCUUGUAAGAAUUUAUGCUUCAUAUCUCAGGUGUUUGCUGCAUUGAAGACAUACCAUAGACUGAAUGUAAAAAUGGAUGAUGCAUCACCAUUUCUCUGCACUAUGCAACAGUGAAGGCAAAAUAUCAAGAAUAUGGCGACUGCCAUCUUGGUAUUUUGCUACCUGAUUCUGUGCAGUAGCAGUGUAUCAGACCACCGAUCAAAGUUGUCAAAUCAUAUGAAAUAGCCCGUUUUUAUAUCAUAAAAAACGUAUUAAAAACAAACUUACUAGAAAAACAACCACUUGGACACAAAUCAGCAUGAUGAUAUGGGAAAAUGUAUUUGACUUGUAGUUUGAAUGUUUUGUUUGGCUUAUGUCCCAUCUGCUGUCAUGUAGGGGGUGGGGUUUAUGACCUAUACAGCAACCAGCCACCAGGGGGUGAUUGACUUGUGGUGGCUUCACUGUCACACCGUCCAUUUUUUUAUACACUCUAUGAGACAUAUAUGCAGCUGUGAAAACUGUCAUUGAUAGAGUGACAAUGUUGUUUUGAGUGCCUCCUGGAAUUAAAGUGAUGCCUCCUAAUGUACUGACUGCCCACUUAUAGUUACACAAGAUGUUUGAGAUCUGUUUUGUUGUUGGUCUGCUUUAAGACCCCAUAAGAGUUGCAUGUUAAGACAGUUCUCACCAGAGCAUCUAUUAACCCCUCUCUAUUGUGGAUACAUGUUUGGAGCCUUUUAUAGAUAUUUUAUUUCUAGAAGAACUGACCAUUGUCUGUCCUGUCCAUGAUGUCAGGUGCUUUCUAAACCCAUAUGGUCUAUAGUAUUUAAAUCAAGUUUUGAAAGUGUUUUGUGAGAUUUUUACCUAAACGUACAAAGACAAAUUAUGAAAAUAAAAGCUAAUAUAUUAGGAACUGAAACAUACAGAAAAUAUAACUAUAUAAUUUUUUUUUUGUGUAUACAAAAGCUAGUUGGAAAUUCCUUACAUGAUCCAUUUAAUAUCUCUAUAAUACAGCGCUUCUGUGUCCACACGUCCAUGGCAGCGAUAAAUGUGAAUCCUGCAGCAUUUUUCUGGAAAGUUUAAAUCACUGUAUUCUGUGUUCAGCUGCACCCUCCACUGGUGUGCUGAGUGUGUUUGAUAGAAUCAUUUAACAUAUUAGUGAAAUGUUGUGCUUAUUCUCUUUCUUGCUGAGAGUUAGAUGAGAAGAUAAACACCAUGUCUGUCUGCUAAAUAGGACACUGGAGCUGCAGGGGAAUGGCUUAUC